AUGGCCUUAAGAAAUGAUGCCGAUGCGUCGCUCAACGAACAGCAGGUGCCCACGGCUACUUCUCCCUCGUUUGACGCCGCUCCCGGUGGUGACGAGCUGAAACGUAAUAACAUCCCCCCCAACUCUCACAUCGCACAGUUGUCGUCGAGUCCGACGUCUCUAACCCCAAGAGAACCUCUCACUUCCCCACUCCGGGCACCCUCUGCAUCUUCGUUUUCCUCUUCCUAUGGCGCAUCCUCAACAAACCCACCUACUGAUUUGUAUGAUCAUGAGAGCAAGGCAGGUCGUCAACUUGGUACCAUCCCUGCCGCGUCCCAUCCCUUAAGCGAUUGGCAUGGUGCCACUGAGCUUGGAAAUAAAGCUCAAACUGGAGGAGGCGUUUGGCAAUAUUUAGUGCAGCUAUUCAGGCAUCAAGUGAGUUCGAGCACGGCCAGGAAUGAUGAGAAGGGGAAUGGUCUCAAGCCUCCUACGCAGUUCGGCGGUGGUCGCGAUUCGUCCGAUCCUUCUGUGUUCGCGCCAGGGCGCAAAGAUCUGGCCUCCAUGAUCACACGCCUCAAGAAUCAGGAAAGAUCUCACGAACAGCUUCAGCGGGAUGGCUGCGAACUCGGAGGACCGAAUGCGCCUGUUCGAAUGCAAUGCGGAAAUACCGGUUCAAUGGCUGAAUGCGCUAAUGAUGGACUCAGUCACUACCAAGGCCCCGAGAGCGAAUUCGAUUUGGUGGCUCAUGUACCCCCAGAUGCAUACAUGACCUUCUCAACCCACGUUUAUUUCGAUGAGCUGAAGAAGAGUUCGUAUGCACAGCACGCGAGUAUUGUCUCUGUUAGGCGGUUUGGAGACAAGUAUGCGAGAAAGCACAGGUGUCUUGUGCUUCAUGUUGCUCGAGAUGGGAUGCCGGAUUUCGGUCUUCGGAUUGACUGUUUUCGAGAUCAUACCCUCUCACUCUUUCAAAGUAUUUUUGGCCGUGAAACUCCCCAAGUAUUUGACAGGGUAAUUGUCUCUGGCGAUCAGAACCUUCUCUAUGAUGAUAUAUCAGGCGAAGAAGCUGUGUUAGAUUUACCACAACCGGUUCCAUUGCCUAAGUUCGGCAUCAUUUUCGAAACCGUCCUCACCGAAUGCCGCCUUGACGAUCGUUUUGCAAAGGAAAAUUGUUGGUUUGUCGUCUCAGCUUUUGAGGAGUUGUUCGUAGACAUAUUCGGCGCUGGUUACACGAAAGGGGAGCCGAUGUCUCCCCCUGUUACGAAACUGACCCGUUCCCGAAUUGGGAACGCACUCGGCCUCCAGGAUUCCAAAUGA